CAUGUCAUACUUUUCUUUUCCAUCUUCUUCACUCUUCUUCCUAAGAACCCUAGCCACCAUAACCUUCAAAACUCCAUAACUUUUUCAAAACCUAUCUGAUUUUAGUGAUUCUUGAGUCCAUCUUGGGUGAAAUUUCACAAGGAUUCUAGUUUUAUACUCAUAUCUCGAAGAAUCCUUUGUUUUUGGGUCGGAUUUACACAUAAGGGUGCCGAAAAUUUUGGGGUUUUUGUGGGUUUUUGUGUAAACUUCAAGAACUUGUUAUUCUCAUCUUCUACAACACUAAGGUAUGGUGACGAAAAAAGGAAAAUCGGUUGCAAGUUCGUCUAAUGAGCCUCAAGGGGAUGAUGUACAACAAAAGAGGAGGAGAUUGACACGGAUAGGCGACCCGGACUCGAAGGAGGAUGCACCUCCAAGGGGUCCUAAGCCGGAUUGGACAUCCGGUUCAUUGCUAGACCAACCUGCGGAAUGGAGAGAGGAUUUAUUUCACGAACAAAUGAAUAAACUGAAACAAAGGGGUGAAGCAUUCAUUUGUGAAAAGGAAAUCCGUGAAGCUGAUUUUGGGCCGUUCGGGAUAACGGCAAAGUUUAAGGCAUUGGGCUGGGGGGCAGCUUUGAAGUGUUAUGAUGGUGAGGUGAAGAAGAUGUAUGACACCCAGAUUCAAGAAUGGAUGGCCUCACUCGAAUGUCCCCCGUUCAAGGCUCCAAAACAGAUCAAGCUUAUCGGCUGGUGUAACAGGGUCAAGGUUGAGAUGUCCUAUGAUUCACUACGUCGAAUAGCGAAGUUUGAUGACGGCCUGACGUGUGCGCGACUGAUGUGGGGUCUUGGUGCAAAUGGAGCAAAAACGAGUAAUAAAGAAAUAUCCAGCUAGUUGAGUAGUGUAGACCGCCAGGGACCGAAUAAAAAUUGCCGUUAUUUUUCUCGAGUGGGCCGAGCCCGUUAUCUCUAAUGGAGGCAUAUUUGAUAUUAUAAUUGUUGUGGGGCCACCAAACAUCUGAGCCUAGCAUGAUUAUGUGAAAAGGGGAUUUUUAGGCUUUAAUGAAACCCCAAGGAAUAUAAUAAGGCAUUAACAUGGGAUGCAAGUCUUGGACUUGCUGGACGCACGAAGAUCAGCCUUGGGGGCUGCCAAUUUAUUAAACAUCAUAUAUAUUGGGCUUUGCAGAAUUUUUUGUAUGCUUGUGAAUAUUUUAUUUAUGAAUAUAUAAAAUAACACAAUCAGCCAUAUCUAUGGCCCAAUUAAUUUUAGUUGGACGUGCAUUAUUAGAAGGAGAUAAAUAAAUCUUAGACGGCAGACUAGAGGGAAUAUACCCAACAUCAAAUCAUACGAAGAUCACAGACGAAUUGAGAAGGAGCCGCACAUUAUUAUUCUACGAACAUCAGUGGAACGAAUUGUCAGGAAUCAUUGGAGACAAGUGGGAAGCUUAGAGAUCAAAGAAUUUACGGGUUCUACCUUUAGAUUUCUUUUAUUUUCUGGUUUCUUAUUUUUAUUCAAUGAAUUCUUUGUUGAACUUCUUUGAUUUGUUUUCGUUUAUGAACAUGCUUGGCUAAACUUUUAUGCCACCUAGACUUAGUUGAAUGGAUUGAAUAAAGUUUUUACCGUUUUCGUUAA